AUGGUCUGAGCAUUCUCCAAGCACUCAUUGGUCCAGAAACUAACCGCCAAACAAACAUAUUUGUUUCUGCCCAUAUUUCUGUAUCACAAAAAAACCUUCCUAAGAUCUCUCUACAUUUAAGUUCUAGUUUGUUUUACUGUUCUACAGAAAACAUUGGGAGUGGCCUAACAAGAAAAUACAUAAAGAUGGAAAAUUCAAGUUAGAAAGUCUAUAGUACUUUAAAUCAUGAUUUAUUUGUUAGAGUGGGAAAAACUAAAAUGCAUGUUUCUUUUCUUUCUCAUCCUCUCCACCUCUGUGCUUCACCACAUUGCAGCAGUGGUUCAGAGAAGACAAAUCAGAGACGUCAUCUCUGUUUUAUGUAAUCAGCCAAAGGAAGAUUUAAAGAGUGAUGGGGAAUUGACAUGAUUUCUCUCCUGUUUCACUGAUCACCAGUUGUACUUCUGAUAAAAAAAAAUUACUUACGAUUCUAUUCUGAUAUUGAAUAGGAUAAAAUCUUAUAGAUGAAAAACAAGCGUCUGUCAGGAAAAGUCAGUUUUAGGGGCCGCAAAAGAGGGAAAAAAAGGAGAACCGAAAGGGGGAUGUGAAAAAAGACGUGGUAGAAAUGGAAGAAUGAUUGAGUAAAAAACCUCAGACAUUUCAAAGAUUGCAAAGCUUGACGAUCAUUCAAGAUGAAGUUGUUGCUUUUGCUUGUAAUAUUGGGAACUGUAUCCGCAAAGGUUCAAGAUCUUUCAGGAAAAAUGUUUACCUUCCCCCAGCAAACAAACACAGCUCACGUGAGGCUGAACCCAAAUACACAGGGUUACAACGCGUUAACUGUCUGUCACAGAUCUUUCACAGACAUCAAUAAAGACCACGCCCUCUUUUCUUUAGCCACACCCUCUCAUGCCAACAGCUUCCUGAUUUUCUGGCAGAACAGAAACCAGGAGAUCCAGCCCCAUGUCAGAGAUGCAAAAGUUGAAUAUGGAGGAUGGGACUACAAGUUAAACACAUGGCACUCCAUCUGCACCACAUGGGACUCUGUGACUGGACUGGUACAAGUAUGGUUUGACGGGACACCUUCAAUCAGGAAACUUACAACCUCUGGAGGAGCCAUCGACGGGACUGUGAUAGCUAUUUUAGGACAGGAGCAAGACUCCCACGGUGGAGGGUUUGACAUUAACCAGAGCUUUGUUGGGAUGAUAACUGAUGUCCACAUGUGGGAUUUCAUCCUUUCUUCAUGUGAGAUUCACCAGUACAUGGAAGAAAGAUAUUACCCGACGGGAAAUGUGCUGAACUGGAGAGCACUGGAUUUUGAGAUUACUGGCAAUGUGGAGAUUGAAAAUAAAGUUCAAAUUUGUCACUGAAUUUCAAAAUAUUCAAGUUGGCGUACAGUCUUAAGCCUUUUUAUUUUUGAAAAAUAAAAGAUACUGAUUGAUAUAAAUUGUUCCAAAUGCUG